AACAUUUGGGGGCUUGCAAAAUAAUACUUUUGCCUUGAGGCCGAGCGAUUCUGUCGCUCACCUCCUGUUCCAAAAGCAUUUGGAUUUAGAAGAUUAUUAUAUUGCUAAGCACGCUAUAUUAUAUUGUAAUGUGCAAGGAUUCUUUCAAUACUACUGCUAUUGUGUGCUUGUAUUGCACAUCACCCCUGAACUACUGAGGGUUUGUGUGUGUGAGAGUCUUGGCACACACAGAGCCUCUUCAAUGGAAUGGGUAUGGUACUCAUAUGAUGGCACCCAUAUAACCAUACUAUACGGUGAUGUGGCACUGGAUAGGGAGAAUUGGGAGCAGGAUCAUAAACAGGAUCGAGCAAAAGUGGAAGAGAUUAUCAAACGGAACACAAAUAGAAAAGUUCCCAUGCAGAGCGCAGCUGCAGGACUCAGAAUGAUUUCCAGCAUAAAAGCAUAUCCAACCAUCUUCUCAAGCUCCCGCAGCGAGUUGGCAUUGCUGACUGACCGAUCGAUAUACUUCCUAUGGCAGAACAUGCGGUAUCCAAUCCACACACUGUCACUCAGUAAAGAAAAGCUACCAGUAGUAGCCGUGCAAGAAACGGUCUUUGCUGAAGGCUCGGAUGAAGUGAUGGGCCAUCGCGAGGCGUGGCAUAUCCGAGUCCUGUGUGAAUGGAGGGAAAUGCUAUUGCAAAUGACAUGUUGA